GUAGCAAAUGUUGAGCAGUUUUUAAGAAAUUUCUCCAUUUUCAGAUGAAAAACAGAUUUUAAUCUCUGUUUCUUCUGGCGCCAUUUUCAGAGUAUUCUCUCAUUUGAAAACUAGAUAUUAUUCUUCCCCUUCUUCUUCCUCACUUAUCCAUUAUAAUUAAUCUCUAUUUAUAAUUUUCUUUUUUUGUUUUCUUUCUCAAUACCUCCAUAUUUUUGUGUCUCUAAAAGUUCUGCAUGGAAGGAAGAGAGAGCACAGUCUCAGGGUCAUCACCAAAUACUGAAACUGAAUCACCAGUAAGUGGUGGAGGAGGAUUUGUAGUACUACCACAAGUUAUGGACAUGGCUGUAAACAUGAGUAUGGAAAAAACCAUGUCAAGUAACAAUGGAGGAGGAGGAAUGGAAAAUAUUUCAUUGGAAAGGAAAAAAAGAGGGAGACCCAGGAAGUAUAGCACAGAUGGAAACAUGACUAAUGCAUUUUCAAUCUCAUCAUCUUCUCCUAGUAACUUCUUUUCACCUGUUAAUCUUACUCCUCCUGCUGGUGCUGCAAAUAAUUACUCUGCUGAUAAAAGGGGUCGAGGUAGACCACCUGGUUCCGGUAAUCGACAUGUUCUUGCUUCUUUAGGUGAAUGGGUAACUAAUUCUGCUGGGGCAAACUUCACUCCACAUGUGGUUAAUGUCAAUACAGGAGAGGAUGUUGCUGGAAAGAUAUUUGAGUUUUCACAAAAGAGUCCUCGGGCAAUUUGCAUUCUCUCAGCAAAUGGAGCCGUUUCAAAUGUUACCAUUCGCCAGCCAUGUACUUCUGGUGGUAUGUUGACAUAUGAGGGUCGUUUCGAAAUACUAUCUUUAUGUGGCUCCUUCUCGUUCACUGAUGAGGGUGUUGGAUUACGUACUAGAACUGGUGGGUUGAGUGUCUCGCUGGCUGGUGCUGAUGGCCGUGUUAUCGGUGGAGGGGUUGCUGGUUCGUUAACCGCUGCUAGCCCCAUCCAGGUUGUGCUGGGAAGUUUUAUGCAACCAAUUCCAGGGGGUGUUCAAAAAAGGAAGCGUCACCGCGAACCUUCCCCGUUGGCUUCUAAAGUCGCAGCUUCUCCAGAUGUAAUUACAAUUGCAAAACCCAUCUCUCAAGCAGUACCGAAUGAUCAUCUUCAUACUAACAUUGCUUCACCAACUUCUACAUUGCCGGAACAAAACCAAGGGGAAGUCGAAAAUGUUUUGACCAACAAUCAUAAACUUUUUAAUUUGAAUCCCUUGCAAAAUGCUAGUAAUCUGGAAAGAAGCUCUACAUCCAAUUCAGAUGCAAAACCAUCUCCUGACAUUAAUGUGAGUUUGGCCGAUGAAUUGUCAUAGCAAGGGUUUGAGUCAACAUAAUACUGUAAGCGAAACAGGCUAUCUAGGUGAUGUUCAAUUGGUGUAUUGCAUAUGCUUCCGCUGCUUAUAUAUUGUCGACGGGCAUGGGUUAAGUUGUGUUGUUGUUAAAUGUCUUAAGGUUUUCAUUUGCAUAGUUUUUUUUUUCCCCAGAGAGAAGAGUUUUAUAGUUGGAUCUUUUAACCGCAUACCAAAACUCUUCUUGCUCCAAGGCUUUUCUUGUUGUAGUCGUAGGGUUAGAAAGCUUAUGUUUCUAGGGUCCCCAACUGUUUUCAGCAGAAACAAAUACUUUUUAUUUUCUUUGUAGUGUUUUAGUCGCAGUUUUCUUUUUCAGAGUGCCUAAAUUAUUAGGUCAUUAGAGAUGUUUUGGAGAUCAAUGACUACAUUUAUAAAUUUGAAUUUCGAACAACCAUUAGUGGCUUCAGAAGGAUCUUAAGGCUGAUUACAAGUACGUGGACUAUGUUUCCGAAAAUGUUGCCUGCGGACAAUACUUAUGGAUGGCGGGCUCAUACUCAACAUUUCUGGUAGCUCAGCGGUGCAGACCUUAGUUGUUUCUUUUUGUUCAUAAUGGCGUCUGUAAUGCACCAGGUGACAAGGAAAUGUUUCAUAUCUGUAGAUUCUAUGUUGUACUCUAUGAGCUUAACUCCGCUCUUUGAAAGAGCAAGAUCUCCUUACUUGGAGCAAAUAAGAUUAUGCAUCAUCUUUAAGAAA